UUUUAAAUCCACCUUCCUUUUAAGAAGCUCCUUUUGUAGUUUUUAUGAUUAUAUUUCAGAAUUUAAAAAAAUUAUUUUCUUUCGAAUAAUGCCUCGUCCAAUUUUUAUUUAUUGCCUUAUUUGCAUUUUAUUAAUUGAAACUGCCUAUUGUGCACUUCCACCGAAAUAUUUGGGUCUUUGUAAUUGGCAAGCUUGUGUUGGGGAAAAGGAGGAAGGCAUGCACACGAGCAUUUGCUUACCUGAAACAAAACCCGAUGCUUGUCUUCAAGAGACUUGGGAUCAACUUGUUGCUGCUGACGAAUUACCUCCGUGUUGA